GGAGGGAGGAACUGCGGGAGGAAAAUACACACACACACACACACACACACACACACAGCAAUUUUUAAUUUGUAACUAAAAAUCUCAAAAGUGGGGUUGCCUGGUACAAAUAGGCUCGGCGCACAUUUUAAUAAAGAACUAAGAGACGAGGACGUUUGCCGCUUGGCCUCAUCUCAACCAUCCGCUGGGGGUGGCUUCCAAGAGACGUAAGAUUGGUCUCUGGGGAAUAAAAGGAAGCGUGGGAUGGCGGUUUUCAAGGGAAGUUAAGUCUAGACAUGUUUCUCUGAAAGCGACAAGGCAGAAGUUCUGUCAAAAAAAAGAAUUUAAGAGAAACACAACACCGUGAGCUUGCCCCCUCGCUCUUAUUGGCAUGUCAGUUCCCCCUGAAAAACCACAUUGAAAAAGAUCCUGUGACAGAAGUCUAUGGGGAAAAAAGCGUCUGAGGGAAAUUUCGUAACUGUUGACGGGUCUGAUAUUCAGUGCUCACCUAGAGCAGGGAUGCGCUCGCUCCCGGGCGCCCUCCUCCCAGGUGCUCAUCCAAGAGGAGGCCCCUCUGGGCCAAGUGGGUCACCUUUGGGCAUCCCUCUACAGUCAGACAAGGUGACAGGGCAAGGCCAGCUUCCCUCUCGAGCCGGAUUCAUUCAGAGGCCCGGGAACCUCCCCUGGGGCGCCCCGAGAGCGCAGACCACCGCACCCGCCCGGGAGGCCAGGAAUGAGGCGGGGGCGUGCCAAGCUGUCUGGAGACCAGACGGUGGCGCCCUGGAGGCCACCCGUCCACCUUCACCCUCGAGAGUGCCGCGGGACACUGGGAGGGUGGCGCAGCUCCGGGUGCUCGGCUUCGGGAUCUCGGACCCCCGCAGGCCGCUGCCUAGGCUCCCACCCGGGAGACCGCCAGCCCCACCCGGAGAGCGGGCCCUUCCCCACCCACCGCACCCCGGGCCCCUCGGCCCGGUGGCCAUGGCCGACAGCGGCGGCACGGGCAGCUCGGGGCCCUGGUGGAAAUCGCUGACCAACAGCAGGAAGAAAAGCAAGGAAGCCGCGAUAGGGGCGCAGCCUCCCACGCAAGCUGCCUCCGGAGAGCCCGCGCAGCCCGCACCGCCCAGCUCGGACUGGACUAGCAGCUCCCGGGAGAAUCAGCACCCCAAUCUCCUCGGGGGGGCCGGCGACCCCCACAAGCCAGACAAGCUGUGCGGGGAGAAAUCGGGCAGCAGCCGCCGCAAUUUGAAGAUCUCGCGCUCGGGCCGCUUUAAAGAGAAGAGGAAAGUGCGCGCUACUCUGCUCCCCGAAGGAGUCAGGUCCCCGGAGGAGGCGGGCUUCCCGGGUGACCCGCUGGAGGACACGCAGUAGUCAGAGCGCUUCCGGGACUGUGUCUCUUCCCACCACUCCUCCCUACCCCCAGUUCUAAACCCCAGAGUUCUGGCUCACCCUAGUACCUGGUGUCUCAUCCUGCCAACUUCAGAGUAUUUCAAACAAGGCCUCCCCGAUUUUCUUUUUCCUGGAAAUCGACCGAGUUGUCAAUAUUUCAUGACUCAAGGAGGCACUGAGCAUUUCUCUGUGGUAAGAGAAGAUACCUGCCACAGAGGAAGUUGGCAUAAUUAUUUUUUCCCAAAAGUUCUCCAGUGACCUCCACCCCUUGGGCCACCUGGGGAGUGAGAAAGGUACUUCUCUGAGUUCGCAGCCCAACAGGGACUGCACAGCCCUUCAGAGGAGGAAGCCAGGAAGCCCUGCUCUGAUUCAGGACUUGCUAUUGGAAAGCAAAUUAACGCCAGAUUAAUGCACUUUAGAUGUACUUCUUAGAUGUACUUCGGUAGACACAGACCUUACACGAAAGAGGGCAGGAAACCUUAGGUAGAAGCAUUUUAAGUAAGACAAGAUUGCUUUUAAUGUGGAAUUACAAAACUGUACUGCCUAUUUUAGUGUGGACUAUUAAAAUUGUUACGCUGUAAAA